CGAUAAAUAGUUGGUUUGUGUGAAUGGCGAAAGUGCCCUUAACUAGGACACUUGUCCUACAAAAAACCAAGCCCUACCCCACAAAACCGAGGAGGGUGAAUUGGUAUAAGGCGAAAUCGUCCAUCAAAUUGAUAAAAAGCCGUCCCUCUCCCGGUCGGAGCCUUCUGCAGUUUUAUUUUAUCUAAGUUUCUUUUCCCCCUUUAAACCGUUUUCUUCUUCUCCUCACAUUAAACACAACUCCACCAACCGGCCCCCCCCUCUCUCUCCCCUCGUCUUUUUCACAAACACAAAGCAAGCUAAAAAAAAAAAAAAUUAAAGAAAAUUUAGAAGAGCCAAUUUUGUAUUAAUAAAGAUAGGCCUCUUUCGUCUCUCAGUCUCUUCUUCCCUGCGCAGAGGAAGUCAAGGGAAUGCAAUUUUAGGGUUUUCUCUCUGUGCGCAGACUGCUUUGGAUAAGGUGUUAUUUAACGGGGAAUAGAAAGCAGAGUUAGGGUUUGGUUUGGAGGUGCAUUGCAUUGGGUUGGGGUUGAUUUUCUUUGCAAGGGUCAAUUUUUAUUUUCUUUGAUCAUAUACACUUAUACAGUGUUUGCGUUGAAUGGGUAAAUUUGCUUAGUUUAGGAUGGCUUCUUGUGAAAAUUCGGCUUUUGUUGACGGUCUUUUGUGUGAGUCUGUUACAGAGCAGCAGAUGGGCUCAGAGAUUUUGGUGCAAUCUAUUUCUGAGCUGCCCUCCUGCUCGGACGAUAAGCCUUUACUUGAUUCUAAUGUGGACCCUACCAGUAUAUCAGGUAGGUCUCUGGGAUUGUCUAGGAAUGACAAUGCUGAUGCUGGUUGUAUGAGCUGGGGUGAGAUUGUAGAUGUUGAUAUAGAUGGUUUGAUGGGUGAGCAUGAAAAUGCUAAUGUUUCGGAACCGGGAAAUAUUUUGACCAGGGAAUGGGGGCUGAACAGAUGUUGCUUGACUGAGAGUCAGAGUAAUGUUGAUGACUCAAAUAGGGAAGGUGGGCCCCAAGGUGAGGAUAGAUCUGCUGGUUCAUUUGGGGACUGUGAAAUCCCUUUGGAAGUCAUACCUCAGACUGUUUCACCAGGACAUGGUAUCCAACAGGAUGAGCAAAGGUAUGAUAAGAGUGUUAGUUAUCUGUUUUCUGAAGGGGUUAGGGAAGUUACGGAAGAGAUGAAGAAUGAUAUCCAUGAACUAGUCUCUCCUUUACAGGGUUGUGAAAUUCCUUCAGAAUUAGCUGACAUGGAAGCUUGUGGAAGCUCCCAACAAGAAGAGAAGGGUUUCAACAUCAUAUCUGGUUCCUCUUUUGAAGCUGCUUGUGAGGAAAGUGUUGUUUUGGCCAGGAUAGAAGCAGAUUUGUGCAACAGGACAUCACCUAAACGGGAUGGUGGAAUGCCUUCAGAAGUAUUAUAUGCAUGUGAUUUAGUAAGUAAUUGUGUCUGGAAGAAUGAAGAGAUGGAGGACAAUGGUUUUAGUGGUCUGAAUAGCCUCUCUACAGAAAGGACUACAGAGGUUGUUGAGACGAGGUGCAACCAAAUCUUGCCUUCACAAGGUUUCCGGAGGACCUUGGAAGAUUUACAUAUGCCUGAUUCACCCAGUAGUUGCGCUCAACAGAAUGAUCUGAGGAGUGAUAAGGUUAAUGGCGGUUCCUUUGUUGAAAGGGCUACAGAAUAUUUGGAAGAGACAAGUGAUGCUCUGCCAGAUGAAAGGGCUGUAAUUCACACCCAGAUAUUACCUGUAAAAGUUAAUGUUUACUAUUCUAAGGAAGGUUCUUCCAAAGUAGCCCCUGACUGCGUUAUUGAGAACUCUGUUUCCAUGCAGUCAUGUCAAACCUUUGGGACUGCCAAUAACAGUGUCAAUGGGCCCUCUGCUGAUAGUGUUACAGAGGUUGUUGAGAUGGAAAGCCAUAUUGAUGUGCACAAUCAAAUAGUGCCUCCAGAGUGUUGCCAGAGGGCCUUUGAAGGUUCGCAUGUGUCAGAUUCACCGAGUGUUUGCACCCAAGAGAAUGGUGAGAAGAGUAAUGAUUUUCUCUCUGCCAAAAGGGUAACAGAGUUUGAAGAACAGAAAAGUGAUGCUACAACCGACAUAAAGGUUGAAAUUGGCGCCCAGAUAUUACUACUGGAGGAAAAAGCCUCCAAUCUGAAGGAAGUUUCUUCUGAACUAGCCCCCAAAAGUAUUCAUGAGAAAUCUGUUUCUAUGCAAUCGUCUCAACCUUUUGAUAUUGUCAACAGUGGUUCUUCUGAGAGGCUGGAUGUACCAGAUAAGGAUUCUCCUGCUCAUGUUGAUUCUAGCACUUCAUUUGACCGUUAUGGAGAGAUGGAUCAUGAAGGAAAUGAUAAUGUCAGAGUUGAUUGUGUUUCUAACACCAAAUGUGUUGCAUUGUCUUCUCGAAGGAGCGGCCGAAGCCGCAAGACUCAGACAAAAAGGGCUCCAAGGAAAGGCAGGAACACAUCUAAAGUGUUAGACCCGUUUGGAAGUGUUGAAAUUGUCUUCAAGGCUGCUGGAAGGAAGAGAAGCUGCCUGUCCAAACCAGCUCGUUCUUCUAUCUGGGGAUUAUUGGGGAAUGUUACACAAUCUUUUGAAGAGAGUAACAGGCUUGAGGUCAGUCAAGGUCUGAUUCAAGGAUCCCAGAAAGGAAGGGGUGGCCAAAGAAGUGGAAAACGGAAUCCAAGUGGGGCUAGUGGAAACUCACGAGGGUCAAGGGGGAAAUGCCGUGCUUCAACUAAUCGUGUUCGUUUGAAGGUUAAAUUGGGGAAAGAAGUGGGUAAAAGUUCUUUCUAUAUCACGGUACCUGAGGUUGUUGAUAACACAGCAUAUGAAAAUUCUGUUGAAAAAGAGAAUGGCAUUGAGGGUAAUUGGAAUAAAGAAGCCACUCUUAGGGAGGAUAAAACUUGUCCAGAUGCUCCUGUUCUGGAUGGAGAUCUGGCUAAUAAGGACUUGGAGAGUGUUGUUCUUACAGAGAAUUCAGCUGAAGAUGUGAUAGAGAAUUUUCCUGGGGGUUCAUCUCAUACAAUUGCUGUAUCAUCAGGAGGAUCUGUUGGGACUAACUAUAGAGAUCCUGGAACUUCACCUGAUUCAGAAGUAACCAAUUUAGUUCCGGAUGCAGAUGUUGAGGCAAGACCACUGGAAGAUUCUAAUGGUAUUGUUUUGACUUCUGACAAGGCUUUUUCUGCUUCUGGAGACUUUAUUGGCACUAAGAGAGGAAAGAAGAAACAUAAAGUACCUCAUGCGGAAAAUUGUGUUCGGGAAGAUGGUAUACCGUGUCCCGCAAGCAUAAAUAAAGAAAAACCAUCAAAACAAGAUGGACGCAGACAGAAUGUUAGUCAGGAUUUUUGCCCCAGUGAGACGUUCACUUCAUCCACCUGUGCAAAUGCUUCAAGCAAUUCAUCAAGCGACAUGGAAUCAUCUUUGGAGCCCUUGCGUUUGUCAGGAGAAACUGACCAUGGAAUUUCUAGAGAUGUUCUCAAAGUUGAAAUUGGUGCAGAAGCUAAAACACAUUGCAAUCUAGAUGUAGGCUUAGGGUUAUCAAAAUCACAAUCCUCAAAAACUAAGGGACUGAAGCCUCCGAAGGGCAGGUCCAGAGGCUGUGGCUCAGCGAGCAAGAAAGGUAAUUCUCAUAGAGUGAGGGAAAACCAAAAGAAGUCUGUUAAUCAGAAGAAUGCUAUGGAGAAGGCUGUUGGUGAUCAGGUUGCAUGCAAAGUGGAAAGUCUUCCAGAAUCAGAUGAUCACUUAGUGGAUGGAAUUAGAAAAGCCAACUCUGUCAAGGAUGCUGUAUGCAUAGGUGUUCCUAACUUGGACACUGUACCUGUUGACUUAGAUAAGCAGUAUGUACCGCCACGUAAUGCUUGGGUGCUCUGUGAUGAUUGUCAUAAAUGGAGGCGUAUACCAGCUGAGCUUGCAGAUGUUAUAGAUGAAAUAAAGUGCACAUGGACCUGUAGAGAUAAUAAGGAUAAAGCCUUUGCUGAUUGUUCAAUCCCUCAAGAGAAGUCAAAUUCAGAGAUUAAUGCAGAGUUGGAUAUAUCAGAUGCCUCAGGUGACGAAGAUGCUUCCGUCACCCGAUUAAAUUAUAAAGAAUUGGAACGUCGGCGCCCAACAGUUUCCCAACAGAAUGUUGCAAGCAUCAAAACUAAUCAGUUCCUUCAUCGUAACCGUAAAACUCAGACUAUUGACGAGAUAAUGGUUUGUCAUUGCAAACCACCCUCAGAUGGCCAGUUGGGUUGUGGAGAUGAUUGUCUUAAUCGAAUGCUUAACAUUGAGUGUAUUCGAGGAGCCUGUCCUUGUAGAGACCUUUGUUCAAAUCAACAGUUCCAAAAACGCCGAUAUGCCAAACUGGAGAAGUUUCGAUGUGGGAAGAAGGGUUAUGGGCUCAGGUUGCUUGAUGAUAUAUUUAAAGGGCAAUUUCUCAUUGAAUAUGUUGGAGAGGUGCUUGAUACACAUGCUUAUGAGGCACGGCAAAAAGAGUAUGCUUUAAAGGCUCACAGACAUUUCUACUUCAUGACAUUGAAUGGCAGUGAGGUAAUUGAUGCAUGUGCAAAGGGAAAUUUGGGGCGUUUCAUUAACCAUAGUUGUGAUCCUAAUUGUCGCACAGAAAAGUGGAUGGUGAAUGGAGAGAUUUGCAUAGGACUAUUUGCAUUGAGAGAUAUAAAGAAGGGUGAAGAGGUGACAUUUGACUACAACUAUGUAAGGGUUUUUGGAGCCGCUGCCAAAAAAUGUUAUUGUGGCUCAGCUCAAUGUCGGGGUUAUAUAGGUGGUGAUCCUCUUGAUAGUGAAGUCAUCAUUCAAGAUGAUUCAGAUGAAGAAUAUAUCGAGCCCGUGAUGAUUCCAGAAGAUGGUAUAUCUGAAAAGGUGGAGAGUGCAUCUACAAAUAAAGAAACGGAUAAGUCAACAAUUGCUGUUGGGGAAUUGGAGUUUACCACACAAAGGGAGGAGUCUGUGAACCCAUCUGAAUCUGUUGUUUUGCAUAUACAUGAUUCACUGGAACUGGAGCACUCAAGACAAAAAUUACCAUCUUCUGUCCAACCAGUUGAAGCUUCCGAACAUAAAGAAGAAACUAGUAGACCCAUGUCCGUUGUUCAGCAGGAGAUUUUAAGGGAAAAUGAGACUAAAGAAAAAUCCUCAACCUCCUUUGAAAGACUAGAGAUUGCUUCUCCAAUAAAAGUGCUUAGCAAGUCUUUAUCUGAUGGCAUUGAUGCUAACAGGAAGUCCAAGUCUGACACUACUGAAGAUAGGCAGGUUUCUUCUCAAGUGCGUCCUAAUGUGAAAACUUCCCGUUCAUCCAGUUUUGUGAAGAAAGGCAAAGUGAGGAUUAUCCCAAGUGGUAACAAAAUUCAAGUGGCGGCCAACAAAUCUCAUGUGCUUUCUAUCAAACCCAAAAGAUUAACAGAAGGUUCAGUGGAGGAGAAGCUUAAUGAGCUGUUGGAUGUCGAUGGAGGGAUAAAUAAACGGAAAGAUUCCACUAAAGGCUACUUGAAGCUUCUGUUCCUAACUGCAGUAUCCGGUGAUAGUGGCAAUGGUGAAGCAAUUCAGAGCAAUCGAGAUCUUUCGAUGAUCCUUGAUGCGCUUUUGAAAACAAGGUCACGGGUGGUUUUGAUUGAUGUAAUAAAUAAAAACGGUUUGAGAAUGCUACACAACAUAAUGAAGAAGUACAGAGAAGACUUCAAAAAGAUACCAAUCCUCCGGAAGCUUCUGAAGGUCCUAGAGUAUUUGGCUGUAAAGCAGAUACUUACAUUGGAACAUAUUACUGGAGGUCCUCCUUGCCCUGGAAUGGAGAGCUUUAUGGAGUCAAUGCUAUCACUGACAGAACACAAGGACAAACAGGUCCACCAAAUAGCACGGAACUUUCGAGAUAGGUGGAUCCCUAGACAUCUCAGAAGACAUGGCUUUGUAGACAGGGAUGAUAGCAAGAUGGAAUUUAACAGAGGUUCAAACUGCAACAGAUUAUCCACAUCACAUGAUAAUUGGCGUGAUCAAAGCGGAAGGUCUACUGACACUAUAGAUAGUAUCAAGCAAUCAGUGCUUUCAACGACUUCUGUGAGUACGGGUGUCCAGGACUGUUCUGCACCUUGUACAGGUGGAUGCCCAACGAGUGUGACAAAAGUUCGCAAGCGUAAAAGCCGAUGGGAUCAGCCAGCAGAGACAAUCCCUGAUUCAAGUUCACUGCAGAACAAAGAACAGAAGACUGAGUCUGGAUUGCAUAGACCUAGUCCAUUGUCUGGGACAGGUGAAGUGGCAUUGCAUUUAGAGAGGGUGAGUGGCGACGACGGAAAUUGCUCAAGCAGUGUGCAUGAUAACUCUCAGCAAAAUGAUGGAGCUCAGAUCAACCUUGAGGAUGUUCCUCCUGGGUUUUCAUCUUACAUUAGAACCCCAACGGUUUCAUCUAUUGCUUCGUCAUCAUUUUGUCCUUUGAAGUGUCCUGCUGCAGUUAUAGGGCACCCACAAGAGAAAUUUGUUUCUCGCUUAUCCGUCUCAUAUGGAUUUCCACUGUCAAUGAUGCAGCAAUAUGGGACACCACAUGCUGAAAUUGUAGGGACUUGGGCUGUUGCACCUGGCAUACCUUUUCAGCCUUUUCCACCAUUGCCCCCAUUUCCCCGACAUAAGAAAGACCCUUCUCCUUAUCCUACCGUCAAUCAUGUAUCAGGUAAUCAACCUGCAGGAGGACAACCGGACUGGUGUGUUCCUGCAACUUCUCAGUCUGAAGAAAGCACUCCAAGCACAACUGGUUCCAAUCAGGCAGACUUUGGCAGUCCAUGUGCAAACAAUCAAUAUUCAUCUAAACGAGUUAGGGAAUCCUCGAAUGAUUUGGGAAGGAGAUACUUCAAGCAGCAGAAGUACUGGAAUAAUACAAAAUUGAGACCCCCAUCUUUCAGCGACCGAAACGGGUGGGGAUGUACUGGAAACAACUCCGGAGGUGGGACAGACGGCAUAGGCGUAGGACAUGUAGCAAAUGAGCUUAGUACUUCAUAUUGUUCAGAGGAUUUAAGCUAUAGGGUGGAGAAAGCUGGGAAUAAUGUCAAUCAGCAUUCACAUCACCAUUAAUCAACAUUCAUUCGUAGGAUGAGCUACUUUUGCUUUAUACCUCAAUGUGUUCCCAAUUCUUUUGUUUCUGGGUUUAUUUAAAUGAAAUUUUUAUUCAAUGUUCAAGUCUUGGAAUUGAAGUUAUAGUACUAAGACCUCAUGAAAAAGAUGCUCCUGUCUGGUGAUGUGCUCUUAUAAAAUAUUGAUCCAUCGACUAACACCUCAAAGAGGUAUGUCAUCUUUUAUUUACAUUAUAAGGCUUAUGAAUGAUUUUUUAAAGAUAUAUGAAAAGGCAUUUAUCAA